GUGGAUGCAGAUAGAUACGAACGGUCAACACUAACAAACAAAAAUCAUCCGAUGGAAUGGAAUGAUUUCAUAACUAUAAACUUCUUAACUAAAGUUCUCUGUCGACCGCCACACAAAAUCACCUCUCCCUUGCAUUCCUGUGUCUUUUGAAAACCUCACGCUCUACUGCACAUGCCAUUACCACCUAAACCUUUUGUUCGCUAAAAAGCUUUCCUUUUGAUCGAGUUUACCCCCGUAAGGGUCACAUUAUUCAGAUCAGUGGUAGCCACGCAUGCUAAAAGAAACGUUUUCGCCUUCAUGAAGAAAGCACCGUAGUGUGCAGUGUUUGAAAAGUAAAAUAUUCUUCCAUAAUGGCGGCUACUAUCAGGUCUUGUUAAAUGCAGAAUAGGAAUUGUGGAAUCUUUCAAGUGACGGCCAUUAGAGGUGAGGAGCGGAGAUGGCGUCAAAUACCAAUUCUUCACCUGCAGGAGCAACGCCUCUGUCAACAGAGAGUGAUGGACAAGAGAGUGAACAAACCGUUAUGACGGAGUUCGUCAUCGCUAUCACAGCAUUCUGUAGUCUAAUAUUCAUCUUCUGUGUGGCGUUCGUCUUCGUCUUCGCUUAUUGUAAACAUAUCCACCGAGAGGAAGAGGAAGACGAGGGAGAGUACAUCGGUGAUGAGGAGAGCUUACCUGGUUCAAGCCAACAAAGUUAUAAUAAUUACCCACGAAAACACUUACGAGAGCAUCUUCAAGGUCAUCCACAAGGACAUCAUCUAGGUCACCCUCAAAAUCAACUUCAAGGUCAUCACCUAGGUCAUGCCCAAGGCCAUCAUGAAGGGCAUAGGAAUCACGUGCUAAGCGUGUGGGACACUUAUCCAUUGUACUACGUGAGGGAGAAGUCGCUGGCGGAAAAGUUUUGGGAGUCGGAGGCGGUUCGGAAUCCGAGGCAUAUAGGACCGGCAGUUAUAUAUUAACUAAUCUCAAUUUAAGUAUAGAAUUUCGUUGCUUCUGAGAAGCUUGUGUAUGAUGUAAAAGUCGGUUACCCGGAUAUACUGGCAGGUUUCAGUAUGAUGGUUCAAAAUUUAUUGCUUUGAACAACCUUUAUAGGAUAGUCUGCAGGCACAGACCCUUGACACUUUAUUUAAAAGGUGGGUUUCAAAAUAAAUCUAAAAACAAAAACAAUCUCCAUUAUGGAAUGUAAUAUAGAUACACUAUAAUACCAUUUAACCUUUUGUAGGCGUAAAAUUCAGUCGUCGGUUUGGUUCGACAAACCGAAAGACCUACAAGGCCUAUAUGCAUGCACUGAGGUAGUACUCAAUUAUUAAGAUUUUUAUUUUAUUUAAAGCAAACGUAUUGUUUUAACCACGAUUAUUAAAGAACAACCUGUACCUUUAGGACAAUUUUUACGUAGGCAUGAACAAAUCUAUAUACAUGUAGUUUUAUACGUAAUUGUAAAUAAGAACGUUAUGUUGAUAAUGGUUGGUCGUGGUGACCCUUUAGGCAUAUUGAGGAAAUUAUUGACGAGGGCGAUUGAAAUAUGUAUUUGAAAUUAUUUCAUUAUUUGCAAGAAAAGUACAAUUUGCUUCAUGCAGUAUGAAAGUAUCGUCAUAUGUGAAUAGUAAAAACAGUACAAAUUUCCUUGAAAAAAUUAUAGUCAGCAUCGAGCAGGCGUGCAAGGAAGGGAUUUGGGCAGCAGAAUCUGCGGGGUUAACCAGUAUGCAUUAGGAAGACCACGCCGGUCAUUAUACAGUAUUAAAAUACCCGAUGUUAAUCCAGCACACAUUGAUGUUAUUACAACAUAUUUGAUUGUUAUUGAAAUGCUGGUAUAUAGUGUUUUUUUACCUGAUUGCGAAGAAAGCAUGAAUGCUUGUAAGCAAGCACCCAGGCGACCUACGGCCCAAGGUCCUCUCUGAGAAACCUAGUAAUAGGGAUUAAUGUAUUACCAAAGGGCGUUCACGCACCAAGUGGGAAUCGAACCCGGAUCACCGGAAUCUGAAACCCCCGCUCUAAACCUAUCGCUCAUCUGAAUAACAUUCUCUUUGGUGUUUAGUGCUAACUCUUAUUUUAACACCGUAUAGGUUGUAGUCCUCAAUACCACCUUGUAUCAGUUUGAACACCCCUCAUCCUAGUUUUUACAGUUUGGAAACGGAUUUAUUGCCAGAUCUUGAUGCUUCCAGAUGAUAUUUUGUUUACAUCAGUUUUACUUGUUAGCCAUGGAAAAGGAACGAAUUAAACCGUGAAAUUGUGUUUCACAUAUACCUUCUAAUUUCUAUGACAAACUAAGUUUUUAGCUGUCAUUGUUAUUUACGGAAAUAUUUUAAAUAUGAUCGGGUAUUAUUGAGUGUAUGUAAAACUACGUUGCGAGGGUCCUGGGGGUGCUGAAGCACCCCCAAGAUUUUCCUGGAUGUGCCGCGUGUAUUAUUUUCCAUAUAGGAAGCACCCCUGAAAUUCUGGAAGGUGUGAACAAUAUAACCAAAAUGACCUUCAUUUUGUAGUGAAACUUUUUUUUUAUUCCUUGGAACCAAAUCCACCAUUUCGUAAUGAAAAUCUUUUUUACUUUUCAAAUUUACAUCAGCACCCCCAGUGAAAAAAAUUGUUCCCAGGGUCCUGCGUAAGUAUAGAUUUAUGUGCAUUGAUUUACUUUAUUCAAUAUUUAAAAAAUAUCAAGUUUAAUUGGCAUAAACUGGGGCUGAAUAAUGAAGAGUGAAAAUGUGUACACAGUAAAAACAGGGGUAAAAACGUAGUUUAAAAUUCUUAUACAACGCUGUUGGUUUAAACAAGUGCAAAAAAUCUCAAACAAGAAAGUUUAAAUUAUAACACUCAUAAUUCUAAAUAGAUUAAGCAAGGUUGAUUAAACUGUUAAUUACUGUAAGGUUCAUGUGGCAAAGAGCGUUGUAUAAAAUUUCCAAUAACAUUUUUACUGUGUGUGUUGUUUAAGUUGAGUAAUGCAGCUUAAAUAGUUCUGCUUUGCAAUAUGUAUCAUUAUCUUAUAUGGUGUAAGAUGGGAUUAUCUAUGCUUGGGGAUAGAGAGUACGCCCAUGAUUUAUAUUAGUUUCAUUAUUAGGGGCGUAAUGGAAAAUUGAUAAAAUAGAAAUAUGAUUUGUUAAAGUGAUUGCUAUAUUGCAUUGAGCAAACACCUGAUUUACCACUCUUCAUCCAAUAUAAGGCACGUUAGUUCAUACAAUGGUUAGAUGAGUUCUUUCGAGAUUCAUAGCAUCAAUUGGAUGAAACUGGCGUGUCCAUGCAUUUUAGAAGUUUUAAGCAGUAAUUAUAAGUGAUUUCAUAUACAUAAUCAUCAUCAUUUUCGCCACCACAACUAUCAUGAUCAUCCUCAUAUCAUGAUCAUCUUCUUCAUCAUCAUCAUCAUCACCACCACAAUCGUCAUUAUCACCAUCAUCAUCACCACCACAAUCGUCAUUAUCACCAUCAUCAUCACCACCACAAUCGUCAUUAUCACCAUCAUCAUCACCACCACAAUCGUCAUUAUCACCAUCAUCAUCACCACCACAAUCGUCAUUAUCACCAUCAUCAUCACCACCACAAUCGUCAUUAUCACCAUCAUCAUCACCACCACAAUCGUCAUUAUCACCAUCAUCAUCACCACCACAAUCGUCAUUAUCACCAUCAUCAUCACCACCACAAUCGUCAUUAUCACCAUCAUCACCACCACAAUCGUCAUUAUCACCAUCAUCACCACCACAAUCGUCAUUAUCACCAUCAUCAUCACCACCACAAUCGUCAUUAUCACCAUCAUCAUCACCACCACAAUCGUCAUUAUCACCAUCAUCACCACCACAAUCGUCAUUAUCACCAUCAUCACCACCACAAUCGUCAUUAUCACCAUCAUCACCACCACAAUCGUCAUUAUCACCAUCAUCACCACCACAAUCGUCAUUAUCACCAUCAUCAUCACCACCACAAUCGUCAUUAUCACCAUCAUCACCACCACAAUCGUCAUUAUCACCAUCAUCAUCACCACCACAAUCGUCAUUAUCACCAUCAUCAUCACCACCACAAUCGUCAUUAUCACCAUCAUUAUAACUGGUGUAAAUAAUGUGAAAGUUAUAUUAUUAGGGGAAUCAUCAUUGCUAUCAGUUUAUUCUUAAUAUUUUUAGUAUCAAUCAUCAUCAAUAUUAUUAUUGUUAGUAGUUUUUUUAAUAUAUAAAUUAGUGUUAUUACUAAUUUCAUUGAUUUUUAUUGUUAUUGAUAUUAUCAUUGUUAUUAGCACAAUUACCAAGAGUAUCAUGAUCAUCAUUUUAGUAGGAAGGGAUUUCUAAUCUUAUACUCACAGUGCAGAAUAUAUGACAAAGUUCUCUACUUUGUCUCGUGCAAUAAAUACAUGAUGAUCAUUCUUCUAAAUAUGCAUAGUUUCUUCGAUUUCUGAUAGUACUCCAUUGUAUGAAAUAAACCAAUAAAUUCAUCUAAAUU